AUGGAGCAUCGCGAGCUUUUGGAGGCACUUCAAGACGAGAAAUGGUAUCCGGUUUAUCGGUAUCCCGGAAUUCGAUUUGCAGUCCUCUUAGCCAGAGCCAAAUUGGUUCAAACAAUUGCAAGUGUUCUUUAUUUGCCUUAUUCGACGUAUCAGUUUCUACACGGCAUUAUUGACUCACAAUGGUAUUAUACGGUAGCGACUUUAGCAUUCAUUGCCCCACUAAUGCUUAUCAUUUUCAGUAGGUAUCUUAACCGCUUAAUCGGAGUGAUUGCAAUGAACGAAACCAAUGAUUUCGUGCGAGUUGGAUAUUUGACAUUUUGGGGAUCUCGCAAAAAUAUGUAUAUUGAUAUUGAUGACGUUAUCGCAUUUUCCGAGAUUUCCGCCAAAGAAGACAAGGUCGUCAAAUUUAUGUGGUACGGCGGCUCGAAGCACUUAUAUCUUCCCAUCAAACACGCCGAGAUUGUCGACGAGGAGCGCGCCAAAUUGCUUUUCGGCGAUAUUGGCAUGUUUGAUAAUUAUAAACGCGGGUAA